AUGCUGCAAGAUAAGCAAAAGGAGGUAAAGGGGUCCAGUGGACAUCGGGCGGCGACCAGCAGUGCGGCCGCUUACACCAGCAAGGACCUAAAAGGACUCGCUAUCGGACACAAGGUGGACUCCAUCAAGGAGGGCCACCAGGUGAUCCUUACACUGCGUGACAAAGGUGUGCUGGACGAAGACGAGGACGUUCUGGAGAAUGUCAACCUGCUUGACAAUGAAAAGGCGGCAAAGAAUAUUGAAAACAAGAAAAACAAGGUCAACUACCGGCCGUACGAUGACGAGGAGUUUGAUGAGUUUGGAUCACUGAAGCAGUCCUCUCUGCUGAGCAAGUAUGACGAAGAGAUUGAAGGUCCAAAGAAGGACAUCUUUCGGAUCGGAGAGACGCUCUCAAAUGCGGAGAUUGUUCGCCAGAGGUUAGAGGAGAAUGAAGCCCUGGGAAAGGUCUCUUUAGCGCUGCCGGAGCUUAAAAUCGCCAGCGAAUACUACACUGCCGAUGAGAUGCUGAAGUUCAAAAAGCCCAAACGAAAGGGCACUCUGCGGAAGCGAAACUUGAAAGAGCCUAAAGAGGAGCCUUUGGUGCCGGUGAUUUCAGCGACCAGCAACAGCAGUUCCCGACGGUCUACAUCUGACCACGCAUCACGGUCGAGGCGGACCACUGGUCGAGAGCACAAACAUUCAUCAAACGAAGCUGAUGAGGCUAAGAAGGUUCACGUCAAACUGGCUGAACUUGAGAGCGGUCUGGAGGAGGAGGUGGAGGAUGAGCUAGACCUUGAUCUCAUAGCACCUGAUGAAGAGCUGAUCGGCGUCCGCAUCGAGGAGGACGAGGCGGAGAAGGAGCUCUCGAUGGCGCUUAAUAAAACGCGAAAGCUGAAGCUUUUGCAGAAAAAGGAAGACGACUUUGACAUUGCGCGGAUCGUUCAGGAGACGGGCGGCACGGUGAAGGUGGAGGACGAGGAUGAGGAGGAACUGUCGGCUGCCAGCGCCCUGGACGGCGGCAGCACUCUGGUGCUCAACACUACUGCCGAGUUUUGUCGCAACCUGGGCGAUCUGCCGAAGGACCUCUACUCCCGUGAGUUGGCGCAGUCCUCGAAGAUGAAGAUCGACGAGAGUGACGACGAGGACGCCCCCCACCACCGCCACCAAGAUGGCGACUUUGAUGGCAGUAGACAUAGGAGAACUUCGGAGCGGAUGGACCUGGAUGAAGCCGACGGCCUCAAGGGUGACCUUUGGGAUGGGGAAGGUGAAGAUGACGAGAACCUAGACGAGGACGGCGAGAAGGUCCCAGUUCGCAACAACUGGAACGAGGUGGACAUUAAGAUGGAGGAGGACGAUGACGAAGACGAUGACAAUGAUGGAGGAGGAGUUGGAUCAAGCUACUCUCGUCGAAAAGCCACCAAAUCUCCGGACGAUGAGGAGCCACUGGAGAGCAAGCCCAUUCUCGAGGAGGAGCCCGAUGUCAGCGUGGGCGUGGCGGGUGCGCUAAAGCUAGCGAUGAACAAGGGCUACCUGGACAAGGACACAAAGAAGCCGAUGGGGACGAAUCGAUCGACGAGUCUCAUCUCGGCGCAGUCCUACGCAAUCGAGGAAAAGUUCUAUGACGAUGACCGCAUGGGUCGCCGUGACCGCUACAUGGGCCAGAUGUCGGAGUUCAAGGAGAAGGAGGGCUACCGGCCUGGCUUCAAGCUCGACUACGUCGAUGAAAAGGGCCGCAUGAUGAACCAGAAGGAGGCUUUCCGCUACCUUUCGCACAAGUUCCACGGCAAGGGCCCCGGCAAGAAUAAGAUUGACAAGCGCAUGAAGAAGAUGGAGCAGGAGAGUAAACUUCGCCAGAUGAGCUCCAUUGACACGCCGCUGAAUACGCUGAAGUUGCUGCAGGAUAAGCAAAAGGAGGUAAAGGCGCCCUAUGUGGUGCUCAGUGGACAGCGGGCGACGACCAGCACGGCGGCGGCAAUGACGCAAAUCUCCAAGAAAAAGUGA